CACCAGUUUCUUCAGGCAUAUCUUUGUAGUGGCUCAGUGUUUCCCUGUGCAGUGCAAACUGUAGGUGAAGCCAGUGCAUAUGAUGAGGAGCUUUAUUGUGGUCUUAAGAGAGAGAGGCUGUGAAGGCAGUUGGCUUUCCAAAAGGAACGAUGUCUGAGGUUUCAGCAGUGGUCUACAAAGGGACAAAGUACAGUAGAGGACUGCUUGUUGUCAUGGAUGAAAAUGAACAUGGCUUAGUUUUUGGAAAGAUUUCUGUGAUUUUGGUCAAUCAUUCCCAAGUGCAUUUUGUUGUUGACAUGCUUCAGUCGGUGCUUUUGAUUGAUGUUGGACUUGAUUGAUGUUGCUUGGGAGAGUCUGAAGGAAAAUUCCUUUGUCUUCAGGCUGACCGCUUGUGUGAUUACUACCCUUUGCCAUUAUAUGAAUUUUCAGGCCUGAAAGUUGUCUCCCUGCAUCAUGCAGUGUGCUUUCUUUAAACUAUUACAGACAUGGAUGCUGAUUACCUUCAACAUGAAGUUAACAGGAUACUACUAAGAAUGCUCAUUGAAUAUGAGAGAUGUUAUUGGUGUGAGAAAAAGAGAAGAUCUUCUCCUAGUUCAACCUGAUGAUCUUAUUCCUCUUCUCACACCAAUUCAGAACCGGAGACUUAUUAGAAAAUUCACAAAUGUCUUUGAAGAACCAGCUGAGCAACUGACUUCAUCUCCUUCAAAUGGUCACACAGAACAGACUGUUUCUCCGCCUGUACUUUCUCUGCCAGGAUGUUAACUUCAGAGUGAUAUUUCCCUCUUCCCUUCACCUUUACCACUGCCACCGUCACCACCACCACCACCGCUAUAUUCACAGAGGUACUGGCCCAGCAGUUUUGAAGUACCAUGGAGCAGAAUGCCAGCACGUCUGCUACAGGCCACAGAGAGAGGUAAACACAGCACACCCAGAAGACAGAAGAGCAAUGGAGAUUGACUCUGAGAAGCUGACCGAUGAGAAGAUCGCCAUUGCUACCAUUCUCCUCUUGAUGACCUCCUUCCAAGAGAGCGUAGACAACAUCUUCAUUCGAACAGAUCCAACCUCAACCAAGAUGUCUGAGGCGGACAUUACAUUGCCCACAACACCAAGGGUAGUCAUGCUUGGGAGAAGCUUGUUGACGUCUCACGAAUGGAUGGUCAGCAUUGAAAAAAAAAUAUGGUGUGAAGCCAGUCAGCUGCCAGACUUCACAAGUGCUUUGGCAUUGUUUUUUGCCUCGUUUUAUGUCUUCAAUUUGGAGUAUCAAGAGGCAGCCUCCACAACACUGGAGAUGGUACAAAGAUUCUUUGUUAGGAUCAACCCGGAUGAGGGUACUAAGUGUACAGCCAAACAAGGGACAAGCCGCAAAACGGGUGGUGUUGUCAAAAGAAGGGUGACAAGUGUGAACAACCGGGUGAUGACCUUCAUUCAAUGGCUCACUGAAUUUGAGUGGAUGACGUCAAACUAAGUAAGUACAUUUUUGUUGUUUGGAUUACAUAUGGGAGCAACAGUUUGCCUCCCACUACUCUAAAAUGACAAAAUGUGUGAAAUACAGAAAUUAAAUGAACACAAUAAGUUUGAUUUUAACCCUUUCAUGCACGCAUUAUGAAAAAAAUUGUCUAGAUUUGUUUUAAUAUUGAUUUUAUUACUCUAUAUGAGCCUAACAUUUAAAAGCAUUUUGAAUUAAAAUAUGAUUUUAUAUAGAAGUUAUUUUACUGUCCACGUAAAAUAACGUAUGUGUUAUGUAUGUGGAGAGUAAAAUAACUUCUAUUUUACUCUACUACCCCUCUACUACAUCCAUACUACCCACCCCUCUACUACCACCAUACUCUCUAUCGGCUGUGUACUAAUUCUCCUGCUUCCUCUGGCACAUCUGCACUAACUGGCCCACUAUCCUUGGCAUCACCACAUGUAGUUAGGUCAUUAUUUAUGAAUAUGUUUACCAAAUGUAUUUGAACAAUACAAAUAAAGAAAAACUUCCUAGUUAAAAAGUCA